AACAAGAGAAAAGAAGGAAGAAAAUGUUGCAGCUCUCAAUUCCAAGAGUGAGAAAUCUCAAUGCUUUUCGAGCGACGAUCUCCGCUGUCCGGAGCUCUCAUUUCUCCACGGCGGCUCCGAGAGUUCCCAAUCUGAUUGGAGGUGCUUUUGUUAAUUCACAAUCGACUGCGUCUAUCGAUGUUAUAAACCCUGCGACGCAAGAAGUUGUUUCCAAAGUUCCCUUGACCAAAAAUGAGGAGUUCAAAGCCGCGGUGUCUUCAGCAAAGAAGGCGUUUCAAACAUGGCGUAGCACACCUGUUACGACGCGUCAAAGGGUCAUGCUUAAGCUGCAGGAGCUUAUUCGGAGAGACAUUGAUAAGUUGGCCUUGAAUAUUACUACAGAACAAGGGAAGACAUUAAAGGAUGCACAUGGUGAUGUGUUUCGUGGGCUAGAGGUGGUAGAACAUGCUUGUGGUACAGCAACUCUGCAAAUGGGGGAAUACGUUUCUAAUGUAUCAAAUGGAAUUGACACGUUUAGCAUUAGAGAACCACUUGGUGUUUGUGCUGGGAUUUGUCCGUUCAACUUUCCGGCAAUGAUUCCAUUAUGGAUGUUCCCAAUUGCAGUUGCCUGUGGGAAUACUUUUAUCCUAAAGCCAUCAGAAAAAGAUCCAGGUGCUUCUGUACUGCUAGCAGAGUUGGCAAUGGAGGCUGGUUUGCCUGAUGGUGUCUUGAAUAUUGUUCAUGGAACAAAUGAUAUUGUUAAUGCAAUAUGUGAUGAUGAUGAUAUCAGAGCUGUUUCAUUUGUUGGUUCUAAUACAGCCGGUAUGCACAUUUAUUCAAGAGCAUCAGCUAAAGGGAAACGUGUUCAGUCCAAUAUGGGGGCUAAAAAUCAUGCAAUUGUCAUGCCUGAUGCCAGUCCCGAUGCUACUUUGAAUGCUCUAGUUGCCGCUGGUUUUGGUGCUGCAGGACAGAGGUGCAUGGCACUCAGCACAGUUGUUUUCGUUGGAGAGUCAAAGUCAUGGGUGGAUAAACUUGUGGAGGGUGGCAAAUCCUUAAAAGUAACUGCGGGGACUGAACCUGAUGCUGACCUUGGUCCUGUGAUUAGCAAGCAAGCAAAGGACCGGAUAUGCAAUUUAAUCCAAUCUGGUGUUGAUAGUGGUGCCAGGCUAUUACUUGACGGGAGAAAUAUAGUGGUCCCGGGUUAUGAGCAUGGAAAUUUUAUUGGCCCUACGAUCUUAACAAAUGUUACGGCUGACAUGGAGUGCUAUAAGGAAGAGAUAUUUGGUCCAGUUCUUCUUUGUUUGGAGGCUAACAGUCUAGAAGAGGCAAUAAGCUUUGUUAACAGUAACAGAUAUGGCAAUGGUGCUUCUAUAUUUACUUCAUCUGGGGUAGCUGCACGAAAGUUUCAGACAGAAAUUGAGGCUGGGCAGGUUGGUAUCAACGUUCCUAUUGCAGUUCCCUUGCCCUUUUUCUCUGUUACUGGUAACAAGGUAUCUUUUGCAGGGGAUCUGAACUUCUAUGUAUUGGCCUUCACAAAUUCUUCCCACAUCCCAUUGCCAUCAGUAGAACAUCUCUUGGUUGUUGCUUCGUGUUCCCACACAUUUGAGUUUCUGUUCUUCUAA